UUAAAAGGUAGCUAUCUUCCAGGGAGACGCAUUUGCAGGAGCAGGACCAUACGACAGUCAAGAGCUUUCACAAGAUCAAAUUGCUAUAACUUAUCACCUUCAGGUGACUGAGGAACAUAUACGCUUCGUUAUACUUGGAAUCAGUAAAGUGUCUACAUGGCCGUCAGAAGGGGACACAUCCGAUACCUAAAAGUGUGUGAAGUGCAGAGCUGUCAGGGAAACGACAGAGAUUCUCAGUCACACAUGAAAUCCCAGGAGGCGUAUGAUAAUGGCUAUGAGGACCAUAUGGGGGAGGAGCCCAAAGACGCCAAGACCAACCUGAUCGUGAACUACCUGCCGCAGAACAUGACUCAGGACGAGCUGCGUUCUCUGUUCAGCAGCAUCGGGGAGGUGGAGUCUGCCAAACUCAUUAGAGAUAAAGUGGCAGGUAAUCCUUAUCAGAGAAACCAGAGCCACAGUUUAGGGUACGGAUUUGUUAACUUUGUUAACCCUAGUGAUGCAGAAAGGGCAAUCAGUACACUCAAUGGGCUGAGACUACAGUCUAAAACUAUCAAGGUGUCGUACGCUCGGCCGAGCUCCGAGACCAUCAAGGACGCGAACCUGUACAUCAGCGGGCUGCCCAAGAACAUGACGCAGAAGGACGUGGAGGACAUGUUCAUGCGCUUCGGCCGCAUCAUCAACUCACGGGUUCUGGUGGACCAGGCCACAGGUAGUCUGUCUAGGGGCGUGGCCUUCAUCAGGUUCGAUAAGCGCAUGGAGGCAGAGGACGCUAUCAAGCACCUCAACGGCACCAAGCCGCCCGGAGCCGCCGAGCCAAUCACGGUCAAGUUCGCCGCCAACCCCAACCAGGCCCGCAACUCCCAGCUGCUCUCCCAGCUCUACCACAACCAAUCACGACGCUUCAACGGGCCCGUGCACCACCAGGCACAGCGCUUCAGGUUUUCCCCCAUGAGUGUGGACCACAUGGGCAGCGUGUCGGGGAUGAACGUGCCGGGCAACUCAGCGUCGGGCUGGUGCAUCUUCAUCUACAAUCUGGGCCAGGACGCGGACGAGGGCAUCCUGUGGCAGAUGUUCGGGCCCUUCGGCGCCGUCACCAACGUCAAGGUCAUCCGCGACUUCAACACUAACAAGUGCAAAGGCUUCGGGUUUGUUACCAUGACAAACUAUGAGGAGGCUGCCAUGGCAAUCGCAAGCCUCAAUGGCUAUCGCCUAGGGGACAAAGUCUUGCAAGUGUCUUUCAAAACAAGCAAGUCUCACAAGUAGACUGUUUUUGUACGCGGCGUGGAGGAGGAGGAGGAGGAGGAGGAGGAAGGUGCGUUUGUAAAGCCUGAUUGAAGAAACGUUUUUCUUUUUUAAAUAACUGUAUAAAUAGAAUUUCUACAUCUGUAAUGUGCAUCUUUGUCCUAGAGAGUAGGUGUAGAUAUUGUCUUAUUGGAUCUUGGAUUUAAAUGCAAAAUUUUUUUUUUUUUUGUUCCUUUUUUCUUCUCCAAGAUUCGCAAGAUAGACCAAUUUGUUUUCUCUUGCUCAUGCAGACGUAUGAGUUGUGGUGGUUUUGCAGAAUGUGCCAUAUGUGUGGAAAGGGAAUGAGGAGGCUGACCGGCGCAGUGCUGAGCAGCGCCCCCGCUGGCCACAAGUGGAAUAAUACAAGUGAAUGUUAGGAAGCCUUUAGAUUAGAGCAGGCCUCUCGACCUUCAGGCCUGUCAAAGGUCAAAGUUGGGACACUCCGUGGGUAAUCGAAGCAGGUGUUGCUUACGACUGACUCGGGGAUGUGAUGGGAUUUGGGUGGGGGGUGCGGUCCAGAAAUUUGAACAAAAUGGACAGUUGUAUACGAUGGACCAAAGGUAUAAGAAUCCCCUUUUUUUUCUUUUUUGUUUUCUUUGUUUCACCUUCCAAAAGUCAUUUUAAUACAAGAUGACGUUCUGAACAGUGGACAUGAACCUUAUUUUCCUUUCUUUUUCUUUUGUUUUUUUUGCCUUCAGAUGUAAGCAUGACCUGAAUUAUUUGACGUUUUAGACUGGGGGGUGUCUAUGCUUCUCUGAAGUUAUUGAAAUAAAGUACUUAGACUUGUCUUGCCACGAUGUUCUUUUGGUACACGGGAGGCAUUCACUCAGCUCCUGGAUUGCGAACGGAAUGAUGAAAGUGUGAAUGCUGUCAUUCAGUGAAAAAAACAUUGUUUUUGUGUCUUUUUUUCCCCCAAAUGUGUUGCUUCCAUUACAAACAUUAAACAUUUUGUUUUGAUGAAA